UAAACUGUUGUUCGAGAACAUGUCCUACGGGAGACAACAAGAAAACAACGCUUCUUGUUCAGGUACAAACUACAGCUCAAGGGGUUGGAGAGCGCCACAACGCUCGUCACAAUACCAAAGUGAACUAAUAGAUGAGUUGGAAGGCUUCAGCAUCCCUGGUUGUGAUAAUAGUAGCUCAAAGAAGCGAACAACCCUUCACUUGGAUGCUGCAAAUGUUGACACUUAUUCUAGUUAUCAAAAAGAAGGCCCUCCUUUUGUGACGCAUUUGAAUCAGUCGGUGAAGAAACUUAGCAUUGACACUGACUUUACUAAAGAAGACAAAGAUAUGGAACUAUUUACUCGAACAGACGACGGUUUCUCUUCCUUUGCUUCUGCAGGGAAAGUCGGCAAAAGAGAAAGUAUUGGAGCAAAGACACCUAUGAAAACUAGGUUUCCAGCUCCUCUGCAGCCCAAUCCUCCUUUACCUUCAACAUUGUUGCUGCCAAAGAACAGCAGGCAAUCUCCAGAAGAAGGCAAUCUUUCAAAAAGUUGUUCUACUCCAGGAACACCUGCUAGGGAAGGAAACCAAUUUUGGACUCAAGCAACAACAACAAGUUUUCCCUCUUUUUUGGGUCAGAGUCAAACUAUUCGUUCUACGAACUCGGAAGUUGGUAACGAUGAUAUUGUUCCUAGUCCAUACACUAGUUCGUCGGAGGAGUCAACCAGUAUUCACCAAGAGUCAGUUUCGAAUGUCUCAAGAGAAAACAAGUUUGCUUCUUUUCAUGACGCAGUACUGUUUUCUCCACAAAGUGAAGCUACUGCAGAAACAAGAUCCCGCGCAUCUUCGGAAGAUGAUGGAAGAAGCAAUAGCUCUUUACCAAGUGCUACUGAGAAUAAGGUUUUCUUUCCUUGUAAUGAUAUUUUUGCCUCUUCUGUAUCUUCUCCUCCGAAACAUUCGGUGUCAAUUCCCUUUGUGGAAACAGAAUGGAAAAUUUGGCAAGAUCUUCGGAAAGAUAAUUGUUUGACUCGUAAUGAGUUGAGUGCCAUUGUUGAUCGUGCUGUUGAUCGUCGACUUAGUGGGAAUCCGAGCAUGACAUGUACCAAAUUGGUUGAACUUUGUAAUGAGGGAAAAGUUUAUGUGAUGGAUAUACUUUUUAUUCUUUCUAGUCGACCAGUUGUGAAUGAUGCAGCAAUGACUUUGAAGUGUUUAUAUUUGAUUCAUCGUUUGUCCUUAGAGGGACCGAUCGAUUCUCUUUGGCAAGGUAGACACGACAGUUUGCCUCUUUUGGACACCAUUUCGAAGAACUGGGCAAAGCCUAGAAAUGAAAGUCUUGCAGUUCAUCCAGCAAGAAGUAUUUGCAGUCGUUAUUCAUCGUUCAUAUUGGACAAAUAUCGUUUUCAUUUAGAGUUUACAGAGUUUGAGACUAACUAUUCUUUGGACCGUUUUUUUCGCCGGUUGGAAAUCGAGCAAGUAGAUCAGGUUCAAAGUGCACAUAACAAUCAGCGUUAUUUAAAGGUUGUAGUUAUCAGUUAUUCUACAGCAUCGAGGUUGUUAUUCCUGUUGGAGGGUAUUAUUCGGGUUUUGAAGAAUCUUAUGGAACGACGCCAUUUGGGUCCAGCAGUGGAAGUCUGUAUUCUUCCUUGUAUUGAAGAAGCCAAGGGUCUCCAUGUAAUAUGUGUUUAUUUAUUCAGCAAGUUGUUAAAGAUGCCUACAGAGUUAGUGCAAAUCUCAAGAAGUGAGCAGGACGACAUGAUUACCAACUUUGAAGAACUUCACAAGAUCCUUCGUUCCACUUUCCAAGUUUGUCGUUCACUUGAGUUGGUGAAUGUGGAUAUUCCUGAGCUUUCUCCCGUAUUGACGUUACCUAAUUCUGCUUGUCAACGCCCAGAAUCUAGAGACACUUUCCAUAUUAAGUGUCAGUUUCAUUCUUUUGUAGCAUUGCACAAGGCUUUCGAACCUGAGCACGCUCCAGAAGUAUUUAGUGACUAAGAUUCUUUAUGACUUGAAUAAAAACUAGAUGAAAAUGGUUCAUUUGAGAUAUUCGCGAAAUUCAAAACGGAGGAAUGUGUGCUUUUGUACGAUUCAAGACCGACUUUCAACGUGACGUUGCGGAAGAUAAAAGUUCAGAAGAGAGC